AUGAUCCGGAAUGUCCGUGCGUGUAAGACAGCGGCCGAGGAGCGAGGGGUGAUCGCGAAGGAAUGCGCGAAUCUACGGACAGCGUUCAAGGAGAAUGACAUCGAGUACCGGCACCGCAACGUCGCGAAGCUGAUGUUCAUCCACAUGCUCGGCUACCCCACGCACUUCGGCCAGAUGGAGUGCCUCAAGCUCAUCGCGUCGCCGGGCUUCCCGGAGAAGCGCAUCGGGUAUCUGGGGCUCAUGGUGCUGCUGGACGAGCGCCAGGAGGUGCUCAUGCUCGUCACCAACUCCCUCAAAAACGACCUGAACCACACGAACCAGUUCAUAAUCGGGCUGGCGCUGUGCGCGCUGGGCAACAUCUGCUCCAGCGAGAUGGCGCGCGACCUCGCGCCCGAGGUGGAGCGCCUGCUCAACAGCAACAACUCCUACAUCCGCAAAAAGGCGGCGCUGUGUUCGGUGCGCAUCAUCCGCAAGGUGCCGGACCUGGCGGAGUACCUGCUGGGGCCGGCGUCCGGCCUGCUGCAGGACAAGCACCACGGCGUGCUGCUCUCCGGUACCAAGCUCGCCAUCCAGCUCUGCGACACCCACCCCCCCGCCCUUGACUACUUCCGCAAGCAAGUGCCUGUGCUGGUGCGCAUUCUGAAGAACCUGGUGGUGAGCGGGUACGCACCCGAGUACGACGUGGGCGGCAUCACGGACCCCUUCCUGCAGAUCCGCGUGCUGCGCCUCCUGCGCAUGCUCGGCAAGGGCGACCCCGACGCCAGCGACAUCACGAGCGACAUCCUCGCGCAGGUAGCGACGAACACGGAGGCGAACAAGAACACGGGCAACGCCAUCCUGUACGAGUGUGUGCACACCAUCUUUGGAGUGGAGGCCAUUGGCGGCCUGCGUGUGCUCGCCAUCAACAUCCUCGGCCGCUUCCUCGCCAACCGUGACAACAACAUCCGGUACGUGGCGCUGCACACGCUGAUCAAGGUGGUGGCGGUGGACACACAGGCCGUGCAGCGCCAUCGCAACACCAUCGUCGAAUGCGUCAAGGACUCGGACAUAUCCAUCAGGAGGAGGGCGUUGGAGCUGGUGUGUGCGCUGGUGAACGAGGGCAAUCUCAAGGCGCUCACACGAGAGCUGCUGGACUACCUGCGUGCCGCUGACGCCGAAUUCAAGCCCGACCUCACCUCCAAGAUCUGCGCCCUCGUGCAACGGUACGCGCCCAGCAAGCUGUACCAUGUGGAGAUCAUGCUGCGAGUCAUGACCGAGGCAGGGGAGUUCGUAACGGAUGACGUCAUCCGCUUCCUGGUGGUGCUCAUCAGCAACGCCCCUGAGCUACAGGGCUUCGCAGUGCGCUCGUUCUUCCACGCCAUGCGCUCCUGGAAGGGCCAGGAGAGUCUAGGAGUGGUAACGGUGUGGUGCCUGGGCGAGUACGGGGAGAUGCUCGUCAACAACACCGGCCUUCUGCAGGGCGAAACGCCCCUCCAGGUGGCGGAGGCAGAGGUGGUGCAGAUGCUGGAGGGCAUCAUGAAGGACACGCGCGCCACGCCCACCCUCAAGGCCUACGUCCUCGUCGCCCUCCUCAAGCUCUCCUGCCGCUUCCCCUCCUGCUCCCAGCGCAUAAAGUGGUUGGAGGAGCAGCACCGGCACAGCCUGGUGUUGGAGUUGCAGCAGCGCUCAGUGGAGUUCAGCGCCGUGCUCGCCCGCCACGACAAGAUCAAAGCCACGCUGGCAGACAAGAUGCCAGCACUGGAUGAGGUGGCGUACCGAUCCAAGCGCGCUGACCUGGCACCCGACGCAGCGGCGCGGGCAGCAGCGCCAACAGGGCAGCCGUCAGCCAAUGGCGCGGCGGCAGCAGGCGGGGCAGUAGGUGGAGUGCGAGCAGCAGCCCCCCAGGCGCAGGCACAGGUGUUAGCAGACCUACUGGACCUCACGGCUGAUGACUCCUCUGCUGCCCCUGCUGCCGCUGCCGCUGCCCCCGCUGCUGCUGCGGGAGGGUUGCUGGAUCUGCUGGGAGGGGUCAGUGCUCCCACUGCUGUUGCCGCUUCUGCGCCGGCACCGGGCGGGGCAGACCUGCUGCUGGACCUGCUCUCCCUCGGGGACGCACCGGCACCCCCUGCAGCAGCAGCAGCACCCGCCGCCAUGCCAGCCGCGGCCAUCGACCCCCUAGCAGGCCUCAUGGGCGGGGCAGCACCCACCCUCAUCACCCCCACACCAGCAGCAGCACCCUUCGCCCCAGCUGCAGCAGCAGCGGUGGAUCCGUUUGGAGGCUUUGCGGCAGCACCGGCAGCAGCAGCAGCAGCGCCAUCGUUCCCGGGGAUAGUGGCGCUGGAGAGCCGGGGGCUGCGCAUCACGUUUGAGUUUGCCAAGGACCCUGCUGCCCCGCAGAGCACCACCAUCAGCGCCACCUACACCAACUCCUCUCCCUCGCCCCUCACUGACUUCGUCUUCCAAGCUGCUGUUCCCAAGUUCAUGCAGCUGCAGCUGGAGGCGGCAUCAGGGGCCGUGGUGCCAGCCAGCAACAGUGGCAACGUGACACAGACCAUGCGCAUCACCAACACCCUGCAUGGCCAGGUCAGUCGGUGUGCAUGGGCAGAAGCCACUGGUGAUGAAGCUGAGGGUGUCAUACAAGGUGGGAGGCCAGGACCGCGCAUUCGCCGCCAUUCCGCUUCAGCCUUUCCCCCCACCGCUCCCCCUUCACCCCUUUCCACCCACCCUUCCCCUCGUCCCUUCCCCACACCGCCCCGUCCUCAUCCGCCUCCGCGUGCGUCCCCCCCACCAGCGGUGCGCGCGCUGGUAGUAGCGCUGCUGGCGGUGGCGAUGGCGGGCGGGGCGGCGGAGGCGCGGCCGGAGGGGUUCGGGCGGUGGUUCGUGGUGCCCGCGCUGGACGGCGAGGGGUCGUUCGCGGGCGCGUGCGGGCCGCGCGUGGCGGAGGAGACCCCCGCGUGCAACGUGAGCGGACGCAGCAAGGGGCACGAGCUGCGCAGCUACCCCGACGACGAGGUAUGGGUGACAACCAUAGUGGUGAACGCCUCAUACGACAAGGCAGUGGAGGACGGCACGUGGCGUCUGCACUCCUUCUUUGCCGGCCACAACGCGCGCUCAGAGCCCAUCGCACUCACCGCCCCCGUGCUCACCAUGCCGCGCCCCGAGGCAGCCGGCUACGAGGUAUCUCUGGUGGUGCCGCGGCGCUACUCGCCUGAGAGCGUGCCGCAGCCCACGGACCCGACAGUGAAGCUUGUGCUGAUGCCGCGCGGUGUGGUGCGCGCUGUGCUGGGGCCGUUUGGGGGAUUCCCCACAGAGGCGGUGUAUGGCAGCAAGCUGCAGCGCCUUAAAGGAUUGUUGGAGCGGCGUGGCAUGGGGUUUGAUGAGAGCUCGGGCGCGUACGCGGGCGUUCCCUUCGCUUCCCCCCGCCAUCGAAUAGCUCUCGUCAAAUCCCCUACUCUCCCUUCUUCCCCUCCUUUUCCCUUCCGCCCCUCUAACGCCACUGGGACACCAACACUCAGCGCCAUGGUUCUCAAGACGGAGCUCUGCCGGUUCAGCGGUGCCAAGAUCUAUCCCGGGAGGGGCAUUCGCUUCAUCCGCGCCGACUCGCAGGUGUUUCUGUUCGUGAACGCCAAGUGCAAGCAGUACUUCCACAACCGCCUCAAGCCGUCCAAGCUCGACUGGACCGCCAUCUACCGCAAGCAGCACAAGAAGGACGUGCAAGCGGAGGGCGUGCGGCGGAAGAAGCGCACGGCCACCAAGGUGCACAGCCGCUCCAUCGUGGGCGCGUCGCUCGAGGUCAUUCAGAAGCGCCGCUCCGAGAAGGCCGAGGUCCGCGCCGCCGCCAGAGAUGCCGCGCUCCGUGAGAUCAAGGAGCGGCUGAAGAAGGUGAAGGAUGAGAAGAAGGCCAAGAAGGCAGAGGUGACAACCAAGCAGGCCAAGGCCGCUACCAAGGCGGCUGCUCCACGCGCUUCAGGGCCGAAGGGUGGCAAGGGUGCAAGCGGUGGUGGUGGCGGCAAGCGAUGA